AUGUGUACGAUUUGUAGAACAACCAGUGGUCGUGUAAAGGGAAGGCAAAUUAGAUGUGAAAUUGAUCUAGCUCUAUCAGAAUAUCCAAUAAAAGGAAUAACAGUAAUAUCAAAAUCACAACCUAAAACAUUCAAUAUUAUACAUAAAAGUUUGCUAAUAACUAGUUUAGAAUUUGAUCCAGUCGAAGGUUUAUUGUAUUUCGCUUCAACGGCAGGACUAUUAUCAUCAACUUUAAAUGGACAAAAUAAAGUAAGACAUUUAGAAGAUGUUAACCGGAUAGCUAUUGAUAGUAAACAUGCCUUAUUAUUUUAUACAACAAGUAAAUCAGAAGAGAUCGGAGUUAUGUCGCUGUAUGGAUUUGAAUACACUACAAUUUAUAAUACCAAUAUAAGUAGUCCCGACAUAAUUUCGCUGGAUGUUGACAAUAGACAUAUAUAUUGGUUAAAUGGGAUGUAUGGUGAUAUAGAGAGAAUUGUGUAUGAUGGAUCAUCAAGAGAGUUGAUAAUGACUAACAGUCUUGCUAGUAGUAUAGUGUAUAGUCACAUAGAUGAAAGAAUAUAUUAUAGUGUACAAAAUACAUUAAACAGUUGUGAUAGAGAUGGUAAUGAUUCAGCUAUACUAUGGAUUGGUAAAUCCGAUGUAAGGAUUGCCUCUGUUAAAUCAUUUCAGGACAAUAUUUAUUUCAUAUUUACAGCUAAUAACGAUACAACGUUGAUCAAAUAUUUUAUAACUGAACAAAAAACUGAAACAGUAUUCACAUUAAUUGAUCAGAAUAUAACAGAUGUGGCUUUUCUAGAUUCCCAGUUAGAAGAUGUAGAUGAAAACAACUGCACAAUAAACUUUGGUGACUGUACAUAUUUCUGUCUACCACUUCCGGAUGGAGAAAAGACCUGUAUUACUCCAGAAGGCAAAAAGGAUAUAGAUUUUAAACCACCAGACAUCACUCUACCACCAAUAGAAACUACCACAUUCAUUCAAGAAGGUACAGUACCACCAGAUCCAAAUGUUGGAGCAGUGGUUGGUGAUGGUAAAUCAUGUUGUGAUAAAGUAAGAUCAUCUUGGAGAGAAUGUACUUUACUUCUAGUUUUUCUUGGUUUGUGCAAAUUUUUAUUAAAGUAA